AUGUCGACAGAUAGAAGCUUAAGAAGGAAGCGAAAUGCUGCGGAAGUGGCGGGAUCAAAUGUCCAAAAUCAAAUGAAUGAGCAACAGAAUGAGUUUAAUUUUUCUGAUCAAGAACAGCCAGGAGUAGACAACUAUGCACUCAAAAGAUUGAAAAAUAAUGCUGCAGUAAAUAAAACGAGACAAAAGAAACGUUUGGAGCAAGAAAACACUUCUAAACGUGUAAAAGAAUUGAGAGAAGAAAAUGCCCAGUUAGAGAGAUCGCUUGAUUCUAUGCGUAGAGAAUUGGCAUUACUCAAAGAAAUGGUUGUUGUGUGUGCUGCUAAAGGUGAUGCUCAUCAAUCGGUGCAAAAGGAUUUGUCGAACAAUAAGAGAACAAAGGGAGGACGUUAAAAAUGUUGUUGAACUUCUCUAACACGUUACACCGUUACAGAUUAUUUUUCUUCACGUAUCGGCCCAUUUCAUUGUCAGUCCAGGAGAAAGAAGGGAGGGGGUUUAUU